UAGCUUUCCAGCUCCAGUACAGUAUAUUUUUAGCCCAGUGCAAAGCUUAAAAGGAAUUGGGAAGGUUGAAGUGUUAAAAAGCGUGGGUUUUGCUUGAUGCGUGAGUCACCGCAGUGCUAGAUAAUACAAACUAAACAUCAUCUUGUGAAAACUUCGCCGCGACUGAUAAACAACGCUCCACAGAUUUUCAAGAUGUCCUUGAUUUUGACAAUUAUAUCUGCUGCCUUUGUGGCUAUCGUUCUUGGGCUGCUCUACCUUUUGCUUGACCUCAGUGGAAGUCAGAAAUAUUGGGAGAAAAAGAAAGUCUAUACCCUGAAAAAUAAAACACCGAUCUUGGGCCAUUUUGGCCCUCUUGUGCUCAGGAAGAAAUCAUUCUCCCAGCUAAUAUACGAUUUAUACCAGGAUAUUAAGCAAGAAGGUGUCAAUUUUGGAGGCAUGUAUCAAUUUCAAAGACGUGGACUAGUUGUCAACAAUCCGGAGUUGAUAAGUGAAAUCACCAUUAAGCAGUUUGAAAAUUUCAUGAAUAGGAGGCCUUUCGUAGAUCAGAAGACAGACCGAUUGCUGGGCCGUUCUCUGCUUGGUCUGCAGGGCGAAGAGUGGCGUGAUAUGCGCCACCACCUGAGCCCUGCGUUCACCGGCUCCAAACUACGUGGGAUGUUGAGCCUGAUCGAAUCCACAUGUGACAAGUUCAAUAACUUUCUCGCGAAGCGUGCGGAACUGGUCGAUGAGCCAUUGGAUAUUUACAACUCUUUCCGUCGCCUGGCCGCGGACCUCAUUGCAACCACUGCAUUUGGCGCGCCUUCUAACUCGAUUUCUGACCCAGAAUCAGAGUUCUACAAAAAUGGUAUCAAAAUCAUGGACUUCAGUGGCAAGAGGGCACCUAUUAUAAUUGGAUACUUGCUUUCGCCCCCGUUGAUGAAAUUUCUUGGUAUUCCGUUCGUCCCACAAAGUUUGACAGACUUUUUCUCCAAGAAGAUCUUCGACACAAUCAGGUUCAGGGAAGAGAACAGUAAGUCCAGAGCCGACAUGAUUCAGCUGUUGCUUGAUGCAAGAUCAGAUCAGAAAAAAGACAUCCCUAACAUGGACAUAGCCUCUCAAGCAUUCACAUUUUUCCUUGGAGGUUUUGACACAAUGGCCACCGCCUUUUCCUUCACCACUCACUGCCUAGCUCUGCACCCUGACGUGCAAGUAAAGGUGCGAGAAGAAAUUAGAGAAGUGAUGGCCAAACACAACAACAAGAUAGACUAUGAAGCCGCCAAAGAACUCAAGUACAUGGAAAUGGUCAUCUCGGAGGUGCUUCGGCUGCAUCCAGUUGCGCCUAUGUCAGACCGGAUUUGCGGCUCCAAUGUCAGCUUUCCCGAGUUUGACCUGACUAUCGAGAAGGACACGUCUAUUGCUAUUCCCAUAUACGGACUCCACACAGACCCUGAUUACUUCCCAGAACCAUUCAAAUUUGACCCUGAGCGUUUCACCGAAGAAAACAAGAAAAACAUCAAGCCAUUCACGUAUCUUCCCUUUGGUGAAGGACCUAGGAACUGCAUUGGAAAAAGAUUCGCUCUAUUGGAGCUGAAAAUCGGGCUGUCCAAGAUUCUGAACGAGAACCAGCUGGAGGUUUGUGAGAGAACGAAUGUUACAAACCCAAUGGUUUACACCACAGCCUCCACUCUUGUGCAGCCAGAAGGAGGAUUUUGGCUCAAAGUCAAGCCAUUGAAUGAAGAAUAACAACAAUCACUAUUUUCACAUCUAUAUAAUAUUAGCUAUUAAUUUUUCAAAAAUGAAUGUUAGCGCUGCUGAAAUCAUAUAUGAUGAAUA